AUUGUUUCACUGAACCGAGUGUCUGAGUCGUACCGAGACAGCGGGUGUGAAGAUCAGUCAAGCCAGGGCUAUAUUUACUUUUCCUUCUCCGUAAACAACCUGACAUCAUACACAUUGUAUACAUACCGGAAGGAAGAAGCAUACAGAGAGGAAAUGUAAGGAAAGAAUAGACGCAUUUUCUACGAUGUUAGUUGAAUUUAAAAUAUUGCCAUUGAAACUGCAGUUCAGCUGUAAGCCGUUUCGCUAUUUGCUCAGUUCAAAAGAGCGAUUCAUUGAGGUGUCGGUACAUCAGUAAGUGCGCGGUAAUCCGCCCAGUCCCGUUCAGCAAUGGUACACAGAGCAGCGGCGUCCUCCACAGCGGUACGCGAUGGCUACGUUAAUGGAACGACUGGCUUUCCUUCAGAAAGUACCGACACUUAUGAAGGCGACUGCAGAUGACGAAGCGCCCUGCCCCGGAUACCUCUUUGAAGAAAUCAGCAAAAUUUCACACGAGUCAGUGGGCUGCUGUCAGUGUCUUCUUGAAUACCUCCUGGAGCGUCUGCAGGUGGAGUCCUGUCAUGUGAAGCUGAAGGUUCUGAAGAUCCUCCUGCAUCUUUGUGGCCACGGUCCUCCUCCCUUUCUCACAGAGCUGAGGCGAAAUGCUACGUUUAUCCAAGAAGUAACUGUUUACAGUGGUCCCCCAGACCCCAUUCAUGGCAACGCACCUUUUCAAAGAGUCCGUGUCUCAGCGCAGGAACUGGCCAGUGUGAUGUUCAAUGAUACAUUGUCCACAAACACUGGACUCUCUCCAUGUGAAGCAGCAACUCCAAGCCUGGGAAUGGGAUCAGAGUCUCUCAGGUCAGGAAUGCAGGGAUUUGGAAACAGCCCUGGGAGGAAACCAUCCAACAGAGCGACUCUUUUGGAUAAGAUUCAGAAAGCUGCAGAAGUAGUUGCCAGCGCUGUCCUUCCACCCACCGAGCAGCCUGGUAUUCGUCUCCAUGACAACCUCUACCGGGCUGUGGUUGCACCCUCUGCUGCUGUGGAGGUGGCAGUGCCAGCAUGUGCUUACAAUGUUUCCUCACACAGCCAUAAAGCCUCUCACAGGUGCCCUGGGCAGGCUGGUGGUGGCUGGGAGGAGACCAGCAGUGGUCACAGCUCCUCUCACAACUCCUCUCUUGAGAUUGAGCCACUGAGCCAGACUUCCAGGGGGGGCAGCAGUAAAUCCGGUGAGACAGGCAGCCACUCAGGGGCCAGCCGAGAGAGUGGAGAGUUGUCAGAACGAGUGGAGGCUAUGCAGUUGGGAGAUUGUGGCCAAGAGCUGGCACUAAUCAGCAAUCUGUCUAACGGUUCCAAAAUCUUCCUGUCUAGAGAUGAAAGCCAGCGUUUCAUAAAAGAGUGUUCCACUUUAAACUGUGAGGUAGUGGUGGAGCUUCUCUCUCACAAACUGAAGGACCCCACUCAGACUGUCCAAAUGAGGGCGCUAUGUGGCCUUGCCUGUCUGAUGUCUACAGAUCUCCUCUCUCUGGACCAGAUCUUCUGUGUCACACAGAAGCCCCUAGCCCAACUGAGUGAGGGAACAGCAGGACCUGUAGCAAAUAAAGCAACCAAGCUCCUUAGGCAAUUUGAAGCUCUCUUGGGCAGUCCCACGCCGGUGACGAAGAGUGACGUUAUGAUCUGUCCAGAAUCAUCCAGCCCUUCACUCUCAGGGCAGCCAUUAGAUUCCACCCUUGCCAACCCCCUUCUCCCAACACCAUUGGAUGCUGUAGCACCAUCAAGUAUUUCAUCAAUAAAUUGCCCACAGGCUCUCUCUACUAGACUUGGCCUGGAGCAAGAGGCCGAUAGUGUUGCUGAAGAAUCUGCUCAUGGAGCACAGUUAGAGGAAAAGGCAGAGGACCAGCAGACUAUUCAUCAGGACAGGGACAGACCCAGAGAGUCUUGUGAGGCCCCCGAGCCCCUUAGACACCAUACCACGCUGUCACUGUUUAGUGGCAUGGAGCUGGUAAACAGAGGGAAACCUGUGUGUCUGGUUGAGCCUGUUCCUGUGGAACAAGAUAGCCAGACAGGGGCAGAAGGCUAUACAGAUUUGGCUGUGAAGAAAAGGAAAGAAAAAUCGGCAGAUUCCUCUAGCAGUGAACUCCAGCACAGCAAUGGACAAGUAUCUGCCUUCACCUUCCUCAACCUCUAAGUGUCUGACAGAAGAACACCAUGAUAAAUGGUGCAAUAUUAUUUAAUGACAUAAACCUAAACAAAACCUCUGAAUUCCAAACACAUCAAUUCUCCAGAACUCAGCAUACAGUGGCAGUCUUUUUUUGUUCUUCUUCGGCAGUGGUCCCAUUACUAACUCUUAAAAAAAAUGUAAACAAACAAGCUUGCAAUUUUCAGGAAGUUCACCACAGAUGUUUAUGCAUGUAGGGUGCAAAAAUGCAAUGAACACUUACACUCUGUGUAUCUGAACGCUGCUGUGGUUCACAACCAGGGACUGACCUUGACAAGAAUAUGAUUCUGUUUACAGUUUGACAUCAGAAUUAUGUAGGACAUUGUCCAAAUUACAAAGGUUUCAUAGGCUGACAUUAUGCUGUUCUCUCCUACAAAUUACACAUUCAUCUGGUAAUUCUGUUUUGGCCAUUUGCAGAACAAUAAGAGUUCAAAAGUGAAAACAGCUGGAAUAUUUCACUGCCUGGGGUUGCUAAUCUGCAUCCUGGCUUCAGAAUCCUGUUACUUAACUGUGGUGCAGUGUAUGUGGUUGAAGUGUUCAGAGGGUCUCAUUUGUACUGUGAGGUCUGCCCUAACUAGCCCAGGAUUACUUCAUAAUUUUCCUGGGGUUAUAUGGAAAGUUCUAAAUCAUCCAUAUUCCUCCAGCACAUGAAGAAAGGCUUUGGUUUAAGAUCUCUUUAUACACUUUAGUGCAGUUGUACACCCAAUUCCUCACAUCACUGUCUGGUCUUUUUGUGUAUUAAUCAUGAACAAAAGCUAAUUAAGUACUUGAGUGUUUUACUUUGACGGCUGAGACAGAGAUAUAUCAGGAUUAAUAUAGUGUUAUGUUUGUAUUUUGCACUAUGGAGUUAAUCUUCAAAAGCACUUGUGUCUUCCAAUCUUACAUGAUUAAAUAACACAAGCAUAGCCACCUUAAAAUUGAAUUCCACUGAUUUCUUUAAACAUCUUCAUAACUAAACAGUAAAGAUAUAUACAGAGUCUGUCAGAGAGGUUUGAGGGCCAGUUUCUCUACAAUGCAGCAGUUCACUUAAACCACUCUGAAUGACUUUGUGUACAUCUCAGCAACUGACCUAUGCAGAAAUUAGAAAAAAUGGAUGGAAUUCCACUUUAAGCAUUUACCGUAAAGAUGUGGGUUUUUGUUUGUUGAUUUUUUUUUUUUUUUGGUGUUACCAAACCUCAUUGCAUUCACAAAGCUUCUAAGAAAGUGCUGAUGUAGGAUCAGGUUCCUCUCUUAUUUACUAUGACUUUACUGACAGGAAUAGAUCCUAGAUUAGUGUUUCUACUUCAAAAAGCUUCAUGAAAACUGGCCCUGAAAUAUUAGUUAACCACAUGUCUUUGCAGAUUAUGCCAUUUAGUUGAUUAAACAUUUGUAUGUCAUGGAUGUGUGACAAAAGCCAUGUAACGGCAAAUGUAGGUUCUGACAGAAUAUCUGCUCAAUUCCUCCAAUUUCUGCAUUUUAUGUAUGGAUCUACAAACCAACACAAUAAAAA